UUUUUGGUUGAGAUUGGGGGGAGAUAAUCUGAGAGAUUAUUUCUAUCUGCAAAGCUAUGAAAGCUAAGAAAAUGAUUUACUGCUUGUUCUCUGACGAGUGGAUAUCUCGAAGAUUUGAAAUAAAUUAUUUGGGGUGCGUCCCUGUACCUUCAACUAUGACAGGGAAAUUGGAAGAAAGGGACUUCUUUCUUUGUGGCAUUAGCAUCUAGUUUUCCAAGGCGAUAGUUCAGGCAUCUCCGUUCUCUUCGCUUGAGCACGCAACAUUGUUUGCAAGGGAUUUAUGGUUCAACAAAUCGCCUAUUCAAUCUUGGCUGAAUGUAUUCUCUGCACACCUGUACAUAGAUGAGGCUGGAAUUAGAGCAAUUCGGAAGAAAGUACCGCAGGAAAUUUGGCUUUGUGUUCAUAACAAGUACAGACAAGAAACUGUCUCACCAAAUACUGCAGGAGGUGAAGACACGAUAUGAGAAUCCUCUUUCUGUAGAACUUGAUAUUACGUCUCGGGAGGAAUUCAUUCUUAUAGAGAGAAAGCUUGCACAACUUUGGGAGCAUUUAUCUCGAGAGAAUACUCGAGAGACUCCAAAAGAAACAGGGGAGGUGGUUCAAGACUCGAUGCAGAAAGAAAAUGUUAUGAAAGACGAUAGCUCCAAGAGGUUGUUUCUACUAUAAACAAUGCUCCAAUGCUUACU